AUGGGUAAUCCUUGUGAGAAUAUGAAGUGUGCUUGGUGCUUUGGCUGCAACCGAGAGGCAGAUGAAGAAGAUGUGAAUGUGGAGGUUAUUGUACACAUGAAUGAUAGAGAAGCCAAUGCUCCAUAUAACUACCCUAACAACUUCAUCAAAACAUCUGAAUAUACCAUAAUAUCAUUCUUUCCAUUAGCGCUUCUUAUGCAGUUUAGAAAAAUCAGUAAUUUUUACUUUCUAAUCUGCAUGGCCCUUUCCCUUAUCCCUGGCAUUGCGCCUGUAAGCCCUGCUACAGCUAUAGCACCUCUCGUAUUUGUUAUUGCAGUGGCACUUGUUAAGGAAGGAGCUGAAGAGUACAGACGUCAUCGAGCGGACAGAAAGGCUAAUUCUAUUGAAGUAGAAGUUCUUCGGAAUGGCACUAUGGAGAAAGUUGCGAGUCGAGAUUUGCAUGCAGGAGAGGUAGUUCGUGUUUUUAAUGGUGAAGAAGUACGUGCAGACUUGUUCUUAUUAUCAUCCUCUACAGAGGAGGGACAGGUUUUUAUAGAUACAUGCAGUUUAGAUGGUGAGAUAAGUCUUAAGAGUCGUAGGGCUAUUGAACCGACUUGGUCCCUUUGUUCAGUAGAAGCUAUACAAGCUGUACAAGUUACUAUGCAUACAACGUCCCCUGAUCCUGGAUUGCUUUCAUGGACAGGUAAAAUUGAUUUUAAUGGUCAAGAAUACGCUGUUGAUCUUAAUCAGUUUCUUUAUCGUGGGUCUGUGCUUCGCAAGACAGACUGGCUUUGGGGAUUUGUUAUUUAUGCUGGUAGAGAUACGAAGAUGUUUCGAAAUUUAAAGAAACGACCCCCAAAAUCUUCUGAUUUAGAUCAUAAAUUGAACAUAUUAAUUCUUGUAGUGUUUAUUCUUCAGAAUAUAUUUCUCAUAAUAAUUUCUUCACUCGCCGUGUGGUGGAAUACAUAUCACCAUAAUCAUUGGUACGUCAGAUGGUACUUGGAAGAGUAUCGCGAUUACGUUGUGUGGUUUCGUCGCUAUGUUACAUAUUUUAUUCUUUUUAGUUACCUUAUACCAAUUUCAUUAUUUGUGACUAUUGAAGUAUGUAAAGUCAUUCAAGCUCAUUGGAUGCGACGAGAUAAUAGGAUGAUGGAAUUGGUAAGUGGAAGAUGGCGUCGUUGUAAACCCAAUACAUCAAAUUUAAAUGAACAACUCGCAAUGGUUCGUUUUAUUUUUACCGAUAAAACAGGUACUCUGACAGAGAAUGUUAUGAAAUAUAAAAUGGGUGAUAUUAAAGGUCAUACCAUUGGUGGUGAUAACUGGGAAAGAUCAUUACAAUUAUUAGAUCGUCAAUCUCCAAUACGAGCUGCCGCAGAAGAAUAUUUUCUUGCCUUAUCUCUAUGUCACACAAUUCAACCAUUUCCAGAUAGUAAUAACCCAUUAGGUAUUGUUUAUGAGGGUAGUUCUCCUGAUGAAGUAGCUCUUGUUACAACUGCUGCAGAGCAUGGAUUUCGUCUUCUUGAACGUACUUCACGAACUAUGAUAGUAGAAGUAGAAGGAGAAAAACGUACAUAUGAAAUUUUAGCAACACUUGAGUUUACACCUGAAAGAAAAAUGAUGAGCAUUAUUGUAAAAGAUCGUACUGAUCAACGUAUUAUUCUUUUUACAAAAGGUGCUGAUAGUUCAUUAAGUCUUCGUCUCUCUGAUGAUCUUGAGGUACAAGAAUAUAUGAGGAAUUUAUCUGGUAAAUUAGCAGAAAUGGGUGAGUAUGGUUUACGGACACUUCUUGUAGGAUCACGUAUUCUUUCACCAGAAGAUUUCGAAAAUUGGCACAAGGGUUUCAUUGAAGCUGGAAAAACACUUGUUAAUCGAAGUGAAUCAGUUGAUAAAGCUUGUUUAGAAAUUGAACAACAUUUAAAACUUGUUGGUGCGACAGCUAUUGAGGAUAAACUACAGGAAGAUGUACCAGAGACAGUCUCCUUCUUUCUUACAGCAGGAGUUGUGAUUUGGAUGCUUACAGGUGACAAGCGAGAGACGGCACUGACUAUAGCCGCAACCACAACAUUGUGUGAUCCACGAAAAGACUUUGUGGUGCAUAUUGACAUUGGAUCCCGCGAGCCGAGAGAUGCGGCGGCGAUUGAGAAGGUUGCGGCGGAUAUACAACAAGUGCAACUGCACGUGGAACGAGGGAGGCGUGAGGGUAAACGCUGCACUUUUGUCAUUGAUGGUCCUGCACUUGGAGUUGCGAUGGCACAUCAUUUUGAAACGUUCCUGCAAGUUUCGCAAGAAGUGAACUCAGCGGUUUGUUGUCGACUCACACCUUUGCAAAAAGCCAAUAUUGUACGAAUGUUUCAAAAGUCUACAGGAAAGACCGCUAUUGCUAUUGGUGAUGGUGCGAAUGAUGUAUCUAUGAUCCAAGAGGGUCGUGUUGGCGUUGGAAUUAUGGGGCUUGAGGGCUCACAAGCUGCACUUGCCGCCGAUUAUGCGAUUCCGCGGUUUAGAAACCUCCGAUGUCUUUGUGCCGUUCAUGGACGUUACUCACUUUUACGCAAUGCCAGUUGUAUCAUGGUAAGUUUUUACAAAAAUAUUACUCUCUCUUUUAUUCAAGUCAUAUUUUCUUUUUAUUGCGGAUAUUCAGGACUUACACUAUUUGAUGGAUGGUUGUUAACAUUCUAUAAUGUGGUGCUGACGAGUAUUCCACCUUUUUUUAUGGGUAUAUUUGAUCAAGAUCUUCCAACUGAUGCGUUAAUAAAGCGUCCAGAACUUUUUGUUCUUCUUUCCCGUGGGCUGUACUUUAAUACAAAUGUCCUUCUUCGCUGGCUUGCAGAGUGUAUAUUACAUUCAGUGACACUUUACUUUGUUAUGCUUCCAACUGCUUUGAGUCUUGAUUUUGAUGCGACUCGUAAUAUUUCGGGAAAUAUGUUAGGAACCAUGAUGUUAUUUAUGCUGGUGUGUGUGGUUCUUGGUCGGUUUGGUUUGCAGGUGCGGUGUUGGCGAUGGAUGCAAUAUUUGGGAAUUGCCCUAUCGGCGGUGUUUCUGCUCUGUCUCAUGCUUGUAUACUCUGCCAUCACCCGCAUCGGUGAGUCUACACUCUACUGGCAAUUCUAUAUCUUGAUGUCAGGUGGAAAGUUUUGGUUAUACCUGCUUUUCUUUGUUGGGAGCCUUGUUCUCAUUAUUGACGUUUCCGUGUUGCACUUUCAAAAGCGAUUAUUCCCUACUUUGCGUGAUACAACAGAGGAGGAGUACUUUGGUAUGCUAAAGGCUCAAGCAAAAUUCAAGGACCCUCCAGAUCGUGAUAAUAGCGUUGAAGCGGUGUAA